AUGGACGACAUCAAUAAAAAAGUAACAACUAGCAAGCCAAGCAAUGUGAUUUUUAACACCUAAACAAGAGGUUAUUGCCCAGGCUAUUUAUCUCCUCAUAAUUAGAUUUCUAAGAAAGGACUUAUAGUACUUUAGGAGUGGUGGGGUAUGAAUGAAUCUAUUUGUUUAUUAGCAGAUGAAUUUGCUCAUUAAGGAUUCAAAGUUUUAGUUCCCGAUCUUUAUAGAGGAAAAGUAGCUAAAAGCCAUGAAGAAGCAGGACAUUUGUUAACUGGUUUAGAUUGGAAAGGAGCAAUAGAAGAUAUUGCACACGCUUUAUAGUAUCUUAUAAAAUUACAGGGUUGCACUUCUGUCGGAAUCACAGGUUUUUGUAUGGGCGGAGCAUUGACAUUAGCAAGUCUCUCUGCAAUUGAGGGUUUUUCUUGUGGAAGCCCUUUUUAUGGUAUUUGCGAUCAAUAAACAUUCCCUGUUACUAACAUUAGAGUUCCUGUUCUCGCUCACUUUGGUGAAGAUGAUAGUAUGGUUGGAUUCUCAGAUGUUGAAAGUGCCAAAGCUUUAAAGUUAAAAGCACAUGAAGCCUCAGUAGACUUUAGAUUAAGAACAUACCCCUAAGCAGGACAUGCCUUUAUGAGAAAAGAAUCUAAAACAUAUUAACCAUAAGCUGCAGCAGCUGCAUUCAAAGAAACUGUUGAAUUCUUUUAGCAAUUAUUAAAAUGA